UAACUGAAUAAUCAAUAUGUCUGCGCCCAUGGCCAUGGCAUAGGUAUACUUGCGGCUACAUCUUCCCUUAUGCAAAUUGCAAUGAUAUUAUGCAAUGAAUAAGUAAUUAAAAGUCAUAAAUAAUGUCAUUGGUUCUCUCAAGACUUGGUAAUACCGUAAAAAGGUUAACUUCUUUUUCAAAGCUGUGUAAGUCAAAAAGAGUGUUCGCAUCAAAUGAAAAGUCAAAGGUGCCCCAAAAGCCAACUUGGAGCCAUGUGGAAGAAAAUAAAUUGACUGAGGAAACACUGAUAGACAAUGAAACCAUUGACCAUCUCGAACGGAUGUCAUUAGUAGACUUUAACAAUCAAGCUGGUAUCGAUCGACUGAACAAAGCAAUUCGCUUUGCGGAUCAGUUGCAACUGGUCAACACAACUGGAGUUGAACCAAUGGAUACUGUCCUGGAAAACAGGUCUCUUUACUUGAGAAGCGAUGAAGUGACUGAUGGAAAUUGUCAGAAUGAUAUCCUCCAAAAUGCUACCAAAGUCAUUGAGGAUUAUUUUGUUGCUCCUCCAGGUAACAUCCCAUUGCCAGACCAGGAAAGGGAUUAUGGACCUGCAAGUGCUAAAAAGAGGAAGUGACAUUGUCUGUAUUUGAUGAUUGUGAUAACUUGACCUCAGCUCUCCUCGCUAGGGAUGUACGAUUGAAGUAAUACAUGCACGCUAUCAGAAUUUGUGUACAUAUGUAAUUACUGAUAUCUUUAGUGUGUGUUAGAUUAUACAGUAAAACUCGCAUAAGUCUACACUUUUGGGACCAGUA